UGGCUGUGGAAGCUUUAGUCUGUCAUUUGGGCUUGGGUUGUAAUUAGUCAGACUGGAUUUGGGCGUCUGAAUCUCAGUCAAUCUUAUUCACUCAGAUCAGUGGAAGCGUCUGUAGAUUCAGUGACACUCUGAAAUGAUUAAAGAUUUUAAUCAUUAAGAAAGAGGAAACUAAUCAGAAAAGAAGAUAACAUUUAACAAACUAACAAUGAAUUAAAUAUAGGAUUUAGAGAACAGAAUUGUAAAAAAAAAAUGGAUCAGAAUCUGAUUAUAUUUCACAGACAUGGUUACAUUUGUGUCUUUUUUUUUUUUUCCAAGCAUUAAUUUUUUUUUUUUACAAUUGCUAGGACACAUUUCUCAAUACUCACUUAAAAUGCACUAAAACUACCAAAAAACUUUGUCUCGAAUCAACUCAUUCUUCCAGAACACUAGCAAAGCUUUCACCCAACAAACACACUUUGUCACAUAGAAAACACUAACAACAGGAACAUUAUAUGUUUUCUAUUGUAAAGUUUCUUUAUAAAACAAGAAUGAUACUCUAUAUUGUUUGUAAUUCACAAAAUGUUCCUACUGUAAAGCUUUUUUUUGUUUGUUUGCAAAACCUACCGAUAGAUAGAUCUCUGUCUUUUGACUAAUUAUUUGAUAAAAAAAAAAGAAAAAGUACUUUUUGUUAAAGGGGAUCUAUAAUGUCCUGUUUACAAGAUGUAAUAUAAGUCUCUGGUGUCACCAGAAUGUGUCUGUGAAGUUUCAGCUCAAAAUACCCCACAGAUCAUUUAUUAUAGCUUGUUAAAUUUGGCCCUAUUUGGGUGUGAGCAAAAACACGCCGUUUUUGUGUGUGUCCCUUUAAAUGCAAAUGAGCUGCUGCUCCCGGCCCCCUUUCCAGAAGAGGGUGGAGCUUUAACAGCUCAACAACAACAAAGCUGGAGAAUCUCACGCAGACAAAAUGAGGAUUGUCCGUAACGGUGUUCAGCCUUACAUUGUUCAAACCGGAGUCGACACUGAUGGAGAGACUCAGGAAGAAGUUACAACUUUUAGGACAUUUCUGAAUGGUUAGUGGAUAAAUUUAUGUAGUUGCUGUGGAGUUGAUUCAACUCAUCCACUAGCAUGUGCCGUCAUGUUAAUCUUUUGUGCAAAUCCAGCAUUGAAUUGACCCUCGUUUGUGAAGCAGUCCGGCGUAAAAUGACGGCAUGUCAACAACACUCUACUACAACAACUCUUCCUCUUCUCUAAAGCAGCCCAACAUGGCCUCACCCCCUUUGUUGUGUGUUCUCGGGGGCGGGGUUUAUGUAAAUUUUAGGGUUAGUGAUGUCACCUACCCAGGAAGAUGCUCAUUGUAGUCCCUACCAGCCGUUUGUUGUAGUCCUUAAAAAGCGAUUUCUGUAAAAGAAAAUAUCUCCCUUUGCAUUGAACUUUGAGCGUCGUAACUUUGCAGAUGUUGUUUAUGAUCAAACAGCAACAUUACACACUAAAGUUAAAAAAGUAAAAUCAUAAUCAACCACCCGUUUAAGUUUCAGGCCCUACUUGGUAAUGUAUUUGUGCCAUUAUACAAUACAGCAGAAUAUAACAGAAUUUACACUGUAAAUAAACAGAAUCAGAUUAACACUAGAAUAGCCUACAAUAGAAAAAUAAAAUAUGCUGGGGACUUUUCCAAACAAGCAUCAGGACACUGAUGAUGCAGUGUGAAGUUUUCAGUUCUCAGAUCAGUCAUCUGUUGCUGCUCCAGUUCUGCCUGUAAUCAGGAGGAGGAGGAGGAGGAGGAUGCUGCGGUCAGAAUGAGUUAAAACCGGCAUGGAAAUUGAAGAUGAGCCGCUGUCUGAACACAUGCAUCCAUUAUUCCGCCAGACUCACUUCAUCAUGCUGCGCUCUCGUCUACAGCAUCCUCCUCUCUCCUGCUCUGAGGUGGACUCACUGAGGCGUCUCUGAGAAUACAGAAUCACCUGACGACAUCUGCCUGCCAUCAGGACACAUGAUGAUGAUGAUAGAGGAGGAUGAAGCGGAGGCUCAUCAGGUGGAUAUGGAGUCGGGUUUGGGCUGGACGAACGACUUCUCGUGCGAGGUGAACGCGGAUCUGUCGCUUAAUCUCUCCAUAUUUAAAGUGGAUUCGGAUCAUGUUCCAUCAGCAUCGUGCAGGAGGAGGAUGAUGAUGCUGGAUGCCGGAGGAUUUCACGGCUUGACGGGAGCUGCGCUGCGCAAAACCAAGGCGUCCUCCCGGCGGAACGCGUGGGGAAACCAGUCGUACGCGGAGCUCAUCACCCGAGCCAUCGAGAGCACACCCGAGAAAAGACUCACCCUGUCUCAGAUCUACGACUGGAUGGUCCGAUAUGUGCCCUAUUUCAAAGAUAAAGGAGACAGCAACAGCUCUGCCGGCUGGAAGAACUCCAUCCGCCACAAUUUAUCCCUGCACACACGUUUCAUCCGUGUACAGAAUGAGGGAACUGGCAAGAGCUCCUGGUGGAUGCUGAAUCCUGACGGAGGGAAGCCGGGAAAGUCUCCCCGCCGUAGAGCCAUCUCAGUGGACAACGGCACUAAGUGUUUGAAGAGGAAAGGACGAGUAAACCGUAAGAAUGCAGCUGGGAAAGCAGAGACAGGUACAGAGACAUUGAUGGGGUUCUGUAGCUCUCCGGAGCAUUGCAGUCCCACAAGGAAGUCUGGAACAGACGGGGUGGUGGUGGUUAGGGAGGAAUCUGAGGCCUGGACGGAUCUCCAUUCACUCGGCAGUUCUUCAGCAUCAACUCUUAGUGGUCACCUAUCACCCAUCCUUGCAGAGGGAGAACUGGGGGAACCUGAAGAGGUUAGGAUAUCCUGCUCGGCAUCUCCACGCCUCUACCCCAGUCCCUCCAGUGCCCACUCACCUGCAUCCCACUGCCCUACAGAUCCCAGAGCAACAAACACCUACCAGCAGCACCAAUCCCCAUGCCAUAAACACACUCCUUACCACUACACCAGUGACAUCAAGGACCAGGGCUCCAUCUGCGAGACAGUUUAUGGCCAGUCAGAUGUGGGCGUGCUUCAGCACCAUUCCUCCAUGCAGACUAUUGAGGAGAACUCCAGUAGUAUGCAGGCCUACAAAGGCACAAGCACCCUCCAGAGUUUACUGACCAUAGGAUCCCAGUUCCUUGUCAAGGACAUGAUACUUGGGAAAGAGAAUGAGGUGCACUCCAUGAUGGUUGGUGCAGGAUCCAGAGGUCUGCAUCACAGUCACAAUAAUGACCCUUCAUUCAAACCAUUUCACAGCCACAACAUCAUUCAAAGCCUGAGCCAGGACCUCCGGCCAGCAAUGGUCCACUCUCAGCCCAAUGAUGGACACAUGCAGUCGUACAUACAUAAAGCCCCUUACCUAUAUAGUCCCCCAGUCAACGCACACCUCCCAGCAGCCACCAACCCUUCCGACAUGCAGGGAAUCUCCCAGGACACCUGCCACCUCACUACAUCCCCAUACCCUCAACCCCAUGCCUACAUUUACACCGACUCACAUCAGCACAGUAUGGCAUAUGGACUGUACCGUCAGCCUCAGGGGACGGGGACGGGUUAUCACAACUACUACCACACCGAUCAGCUAUACCCACAUGAACGGCUGCCACCGGACCUGGAUAUGGAUGUAUUCUACAGCAGCCUGGACUGUGACAUGGAGUCUAUACUUCUACAUGACAUUAUGGACUCCGGAGAAGAGAUCGAUUUCAACUUUGAUUCCUCACUGGCACAAGGAAUGGGCAUGGGAUGUGGAUUUACGGGCACACAGCAGAGCCACAGCAAACAGAGCUGGGUGUCUGGAUGAAUAAACGCCACAAAAUCCUCACUUCCUAAGACACAACUACCUACAUGCCAGCCAGCGGUGGGCUCCCAACACUCCACCACAAUUCAGGGCAAAAACACUGUGCUAACACUGAAAUCAAAUCAAGAGGGAAAGCUCUCCUUUGAAAGUCCAUCUUUGGAUUUAUGUUGUCCGUUUCUGUCUAUGUUGUGUGUCUUUGUAUUGAAAACUGCUCUGUCCCUUACAGUUUCUCUUUGUUCCAGUUUGCUGUGAGUGAACCUCCUUUAGUAUCGCUGACUGAACCAUGAUGACAAUCUAAGGCAGGGAUCUCAACUCUGGACCACUCUCCUGCAGAGUUUUGCUCCAACCCUAAUCAAACACACCUCAACAAGCUAAUCAAGGUCUUCAGGAUUACUAGGGCUGCCAAUUUUUUUAUGCCCUCCCCUUGCUAAUUUCCCUUUUGUCUCAUUCAUUUGGAUGUACAUCAUUGUUUUCAUUGCACAAGUGCCCACUACUGGUGGAACCUCUGAAUGUCUUUAAAUGGAACGCCCUAAUCCCUUGAUCACUUGGGGCCCUAUUUUAAUGAUCUAAACGCAUAGUCUGAAGCGCAGGUGCACUUAGGUCAUGUCCGAAUCCUCUUUUGCUAGUUUAAUGACAGAAAAAAUGGUCAGUGCGCCAGGCGUAUGGUCCAAAAGGGUUGUACCUAGUCUCUUAAUGAGUCAUGGGAGUGUUUUGGGCGUAACGUGUAAUAAACCAAUCAGAGUCUCAUCUCCCAUUCCCUUUAAAAGCCAGGUGCACUUGCACCAUGGCGGAUUCCCAAUUUACAUGGGGGAAUUUACAAGUGGAAAGACUGAACGCUUCUCCAGAGAGGAAUCCUUUUAUUUUUAACAUUUAAAAAUGUUUGUGUGCUGCUGUGCAUCCCUGUGUGUGUAACAAGCAGAGUGUACGUAUGUUGUGCACCCACAUAUAGGCGCAUAUUACUAAUGCCAUAUUACUAUUACUACCCUUUAUAAGAAAAAAAUAAAAUACUGCAACCAGGUUUUUGUUGGUCAAUGGCACAGUCGUUUUCAGUUUCCUCAAAAUGGCAACACGCCAACAAUGCACCUGAACACACCUCGUUUUCAGACCAGCACACCCAUGGGCGAACAGAUGGGUGCGAGUGCAUUUGCUAUUUAAACAACAUGGCGCUGGACGUGAAAAUGUUAACUGCGUCAGGCUGAAACUAGCAAAAAACACUUCCGUUGCACCUAGCGUCACAUUGCACCAGGUGUAUGAUAGGGCCCUUGGAAUCCACAAUAGAGCUGAUUUAUUAUUUACAGUUUUUUUCCCUUUUUUAUCCAUUCUAUAGGCCUGUAUGUAUGCUUGGGCUGUUGGAGAAAAUAUAAAAAAAAAUUAUGCAAACAAAAAAUGAUAACAAUACAAUAAACUAUGAAAGGUAGCUACUAGUAUUAUGCAGUUAAAUGUCAAAAUAACUCCAUUAUCAUACACUAGAGUUGUGUGGGGUGGGGGUAAAUUAAGCGUGAUCUGCUGUGACGUCACAAUCAUGGUGCAUUGUGGUCUAUGGAUCUGCCUGAAGUGUACAUGUUGGGUAGACUCGCUCCCUCGGGCAAAAUUGCGGGUUCAAGGGUCUGUCCAAAUACAAUUUCCUCGCCCACUUGAUGAAGUUGAACGCACUAUAAAAUGGCGGCGAGGAUUCCCCUGAGGAAAAGUGCUUAGGGAAGUUUGCGAGUGUGUGUCUAAAAGUGGAGUUUUGAUCAAGGUUGGGUCUAAACUCUGCAGGAAAGUGGACCUCGAGGGCCAGAGUUGAGAACCCCUGAUCUAAGGUAAAUUACCCAACAUUCUUUUGUUCUUCAAUCAAAACUCUUGUGCACUUUAUCUAUAUCGAGAAAAUCCAUAUUUUUAUAAUUUCUCUCUCAGAAAAGACACAAGGGUAGCUUGGAACUGGAAAAUGCUGAAUUAUUUUGUGAUUGUCGUCAUCAGACAUAUGAUUAUCAGAAACAAAAGGAACUGCUGAGUUCGUGUUGUUUCGCUGAUCUGAGGGUUUAAUUUUAGUGAAAAGUUCCUCAUUGGUGCUACAUAUUAUAGCCAUGAGUAUGUGUGGUUUCCAUGAUUACUCCUUCUCAUUCUCCAUCCCAAACUCUUGUUUUCUUAAGGUGGAAAAUCAGUGGGGUCAUUGAUUUUCCAGUAGACCAAAAGGUCUAUUUAUUCCAUUAAAAUUUGUAUCUAACUCCAUCUCUCCAUCUCUAAACACCAUUCUUCUGUUCGGGUGUUGAGGCAGCAGGAAAUUUAUAUACGUUUUUUUUUAUUUUUUUUUUUAUUUGUUGUUGUCAAUUGAUAUUUUCCUCUGUGUAACUAUAAACCCACAAGCAUAGACCAUAUCCUGUUGACUCUUUAUAACUGUAGAGCUUCUCUAAAUAGCUCAAUGAUAAAAGGAAACUCUUCCACAAGGUUCCUGAACAAAUGACAACAGCCUAUGAAACUGAUGUAUCAGAGAGACUCGUUCUGGUUCUUUGUGUGUGUGUCCUGAUACUUUAUGUUGCUUUCUGUGUUUGAAAUUGAAUCAUUUUUUUGUCAAGGUAUUCUUAUUUUGUACAAACAAAAUCAAUAUAUUGAGAAUAUUGUAUUAUAGUUUUUAAGAGGUGUUUAUUGAUUUCAUUGCUUGUUUCUUUUUUAAGAGAAUGUUUCAUUUCAUGACUGAUAAAUAAAUGAGAAGAUAAUGCUCUCAUAUGGCUGAAUAUGUUUCUUUUAAUUUUGUAAUAUAGAAGCGUUGAAACACAGUUGUGUGUGCUUAUGUGUAUGUCAGAGCAUGUGAAACUGACAUGUACCACUCAAAGAAUUAAAGAACAUGAUGAAAAGAAUAACUAAAUACAGUAAAUGCACACUGGCUUCACGUGUAAAGGUUUGUAGACGCAUAUGAGUUAUAUAGUGUUACUGUAAAUAGGUAUUUUACACAUUUUAAAUGUGGAUAUGUAUAAAAAUAGAAUCUGUUCUGAUAGGUGUGGAUGAGGCAGUUUGUGUGUGUGUGUGUGUGUGUGUGUGUGCUGAUGGGGGUGGGGUGCUGAGCAUCUAAUAAGGCUUGUUAUCUGGAGUUUGGUCACAGCUGUCAAACUCCCGUCUGAGGAAGUCACAGAGGGAGUGUGUCUCUCAGUACAGCCAUAUUGUCUUCUCACCAGGGAACUUCA